AUGGAGAGGAAGGCGUUGUUGGUUUGCAGCGUUGUGGGUGUUCUGGGUUUGCUCUCAGUUGCCUCUGGUUUCGGCGCAGAAGCCACCCGGAUUAAGGGUUCUCAAGUUCAGUUCACAACCACAACUCAAUGUGCGUAUCCAAGGAGUCCAGCAUUGGGUCUUGGUUUGACCGCGGCUGUUUCGCUGAUGCUGGCUCAAGUAAUCAUUAACAUAGCUACUGGUUGCAUAUGUUGUCGAGGAAGCCCUCACUCAUCUCAUUCCAACUGGACUCUAGCUUUAGUCUGCUUUUUCGUUUCUUGGUUCACCUUUGUGGUGGCAUUUCUCCUGCUGCUAACCGGAGCUGCACUGAAUGAUCAACACGGUGAACAGAGCAUGUACUUUGGCAACUACUACUGCUACGUUGUGAAGCCUGGAGUGUUUGCUGGAGGUGCACUGCUGGCCCUUGCCAGCGUGACCCUCGGAAUCUUGUAUUACCUCGCUCUAAAUUCUGCAAAGAGUGGUGGCAGUGGCAGCUUCUUAUGUGGGGGCCAUCAUCCUCCCACAACAACUGGUCCUAUGAAUAACAGUGGGAUAGCUAUGGGACAACCCCAAUUUCCGGCGCAAAGCAGCAGCACCACCACCCAAGAUCCAGUUUUCGUGCAUGAAGACACCUACAUGAGAAGGCAAUUCACAUGA